CCCUCUUCCGUUGCGUCAGAUCCAGCAUGGCGGCGCCCCGUGCCGUGGUCGGAGUGGAGGGAGACGGCAGUGAUUCCGGUCCUAAUCUGUCACAUUUAUCCAUCACAGACGAGAAGAGACCACAGUUCGGGACGCGUUUCCUCACCGACCCGCGGCAGGUUUUCCAGCACAACGCAUGGGACAAUGUUGAGUGGACAGAGGAACAAGAAGCAGCUGCUAAGAAGAAAGUCUCAGAAAACAGUCAGCCUUUACCUCCAGAGAAACAAGAGGAAUUCGACGGCCGAGCCAAUGAGUAUUGGAAUGACUUUUACACGAUCCAUGAGAAUCGUUUCUUUAAAGAUCGUCACUGGCUCUUCACGGAGUUCCCCGAGUUAGCGCCGCAGGGAAGCCUCAGCCAUGAAUCUCAUCCUGAAGCCUUGACCACAGAUGGUGGUCAGCAGAACAAUUUGGGUCAAGAAAAGAGGGAAGGAGUUGCUGAUGAGGACUUUCCAGGCUCUUCUGCCACGUAUCGCAUUCUGGAGGUUGGCUGCGGUGUGGGGAACACAGUUUUUCCAAUACUGAAGACCAACAAUGAUCCAGGACUCUUUGUUUACUGCUGUGACUUCUCCAGCACUGCUGUGGAGUUAGUAAAGAAUAAUCCCGAGUACGACCCUGAGCGCUGCUUUGCCUUUGUUCACGACCUGAGUGAUGUGGAAGCCAAUUACCCCGUCCCCGAUGGAACCCUUGAUGUUAUAGUGCUGAUCUUUGUGCUCUCAGCAUUGCAUCCCGACAAGAUGCAGGCGUCCAUCAGUAGAUUGGCACGGCUCCUUAAGCCUGGGGGAGUGAUGCUGCUCAGGGACUAUGGACGCUUUGAUAUGGCACAACUCCGCUUCAAGAAAGGAAGGUGCCUGUCAGAAAAUUUUUACGUCCGAGGUGAUGGAACAAGAGUAUAUUUCUUUACCCAAGAUGAGCUUCAUGAGCUGUUCACUGAGGCCGGACUUGAUAAAGUGCAGAAUCUUGUGGACAGAAGGCUGCAGGUGAACAGAGGCAAACAGCUCACAAUGUACAGGGUGUGGAUCCAGUGCAAGUACAGCAAGGCUCCAGUUCAGGCACCUGAGAUGCAGGACUGAGACCAAGACUGAAACCAGGAGCUGAAGGUGCUGGUCUUGUUUGUGGAGACAUAUGGAAUUGAGAAACUCUGUUGUGAUUGUGAUAAAAGGAUAGCUUUUAUUAUAUUUAAGACCUGUGGUUUUAAGGCCAGUGUUCCUGUUGGUGCUGCACUUCCAGCUGCAACAGCAAUGAUUUCAUUUUCUACGAAUGCGUACAGUAUUCGGAGGAAGGGCUGGUUACCCUGAAGUAAAUUCUGAUAUGAAAUGAGUGGGUGUUUUGAUAUUAAUUGCAUCAUGGUCUGAAAAAUACAAUUUGUCUUUUUUAUAUUCAAAAUAAAUAAAAACCUGAACUUUA